UCAGGACAGACCUCUUUUCGUUGUUGUCUUCAACCAGUUUUCAUUUUUAAAAAGUCUUCAAGUUUUUGACCUUUCGGCUAGGUCCGUCUCACAGUUUGUGCAAUUCAUCAUUGCCCUGUAAUCAAAACGCUCAGUGCGAAUCAUUUUUUGCGAGUUUGAUAAAAAAAAAAAAAAAAAGUGGCAAUUUUUUAUCGACAGUGAUCUGAUUGCAAGUUGAAAACGUUUGGAACUCAACGAUCAAAACAACUAAAGCGGAACGCCCCUGCCAUUUGUUUUUUUUUUCAAACUGUCUCGAACUGGCUUCUGAUCCAAAUCCGACGGGUAAGAUGGUCAAAGUGGAGGGCCCGCAGUCUCUGCCACAGCCGGCCAUGGCCCGCGCACCGCCCUUCUCCAUUUUAUCUCUGUUGCCCGAGACGGCCGUUCAUCAUCACCAUCACCACGAAUCCGUUCAGUACAACAGCGUCAGCCAUCAGCAACAACAGCACAGACCCGACUCGUCCACCUCGUCGACGGCCAUGAAGGAGAACGUGUACAGUGACAACAGCGAAGUCGAUGACGUCUACACCGACGAGGAACAGGAUCUCGAUGUUGAGGGCAUGGAAGCCUCCAGCCCGCUCCGUUCCGACGAAAGCGAAGAGGAGGCCAGCAUCAAAGAUCUCAACUGCUCCUCCGAGUCUUCCAGCACCGUCAACCUGAGCGGCAAAACGGACAAGUCCAGCAAGAACAAGAGCGGCAAAAGUGAGGGCGACGAAGAAGGGACUAACAAAUCAUCCAAGAGUUCCAGCAGCAAGAAGGAAGGCGACGAGAAGAGCAAGAAAAACGAGAAGCCUCCCUUUUCCUACAACGCCCUCAUCAUGAUGGCCAUCCGGAGCAGCGCCGAGAAGCGUCUGACUCUCAACGGCAUCUACGAGUUCAUCAUGAAGAACUUCCCUUACUACCGUGACAACAAACAAGGCUGGCAGAACUCGAUCCGCCACAAUCUGUCGCUCAACAAGUGCUUCGUCAAGGUGCCUCGCCACUACGACGAUCCCGGCAAAGGUAACUACUGGAUGUUGGACCCUUCCAGCGACGAUGUCUUCAUCGGCGGAACCACUGGCAAACUGCGUCGGCGAUCAACAGCCGCUUCCCGAUCGCGUUUGGCCGCUUUCAAGCGUAGUUUCGGUUUCCCAUCUUUGGCCGGCUUCCCUGGUAUGCCGCCCGUCCAUCCGGGCAUGGCCGCCGCUGGUUUCCAUCCCGUUGCUCCCAACUCGGCUCACCAUCCGGCAUCCGUUGGACAUCCUCAUCAUCCUUAUUCGACACCGACUGGUGCGUGGCCCGGCUUGGCCGCUUCUCUUUGCAAUUCCGCCGCCGCUCUCUACCGCUACAGCACCGCUGUUGGCUACGCAGCCUCCGCCGGCUACGGCAAUCUCCUCGCUCAUCCGGGCAGCCAUCCAUCGGCUCAUCAUCCGUCGCAAGUUCCAUCCGGUCUUGGCGGAUUCAGUUCGCCAUUGGCCGGCAAUAAAAUGGUCGGUUCGACUCCGGCGCAUCAUCACCAAGCCCACAGUUUCUCCGUCGAACGGCUCCUCGGCUCUUCGCCGUCCGAUUCUCCCAUCCGGCACAUGCCACCCACCUCUCAAGCGAUGGGCUCGUCACCUUUCGGCAUGCUAGGCCAUCCUCUGCUCCAGCAGGCCGCCGCUUACGCCGACUUCUACGGCAACGGCCACCUCCGCUUCAAUUCGGGACUGAUGGGCAUGGGCCUACCAUCCGCCGUCUCUCCCAUUUCUCAACAACAUCAGCCACGAUCCAACUCCACUUCACCGUUGGCUCCUACGCCGACCUCGCCUCCUUUGAUCUCCAGGACGAGUUAAACAAAUCCCUGAAUCAUCUUUGAAUAUAUAUAUUUUUUUUUGUGUUUAUUUUUAACCGACGCGGGAAAUUUGAAAUGUCUCACCCCGUCGGACCCCCCGCCCCCCCUCCCCCCAUCAGCAAAACCCAGUUCACAUUUGAAUGUCAAUUGUUCGAGGCCUUCCUCACACCGGAUGAUGGCUGGGAUCGAAGCCUGUCAACGUUGUACAUACCAUCAAGUCUAUCGAAGUCUAUUUUGAAAAACAUUUUAAAAGAACAAAAAAAGAAUUCCUCACUCUUGCGGAUCGAUAUGUCCUCCUAAUUCUAUUGUCAUAAAUCCGUUUGUUAUUGCAGUAAAUGUUUCGCUCGUGUACGUAUUUCAUAUAGAGAGUCUACAUAUUUCAGUUGCCACUGUACUUGUACAUAUUUAUAAACGAUAUAACUAGAACAACAACAACAACAACAACAAAAAACAAUCCCCACCCAAAAAAAUGGAAAUAUGCGCGUCAAUCUCAAAUUACAAGCGUCUUGAA